AUGACCAUCAGUUACCGAAGCGGUAUAUCCAUCGCUGAACUGGUUGUUUAUUUUCCUUCCAUAGCAAUUGCUAUCUUUCUCUCUGUUCGUCACGGCUUUUCUCGAAAUGCUGGAUGGAUGUUCCUUAUCAUCUUUUGCCUGGCUCGCAUUAUCGGGGCUUGUAUGCAAUUGGCAACUAUUAAUUCCCCCACCGAGACGAGUCUCUACGAAGGCAGCGCGAUUUUGAACAACAUUGGUCUCAGCCCUUUGACACUUGCGGCACUCGGUCUUCUUUCACGCCUGCUUGACAGUAUCAAUAAGUCGACGCACACCUUCGUGAGGCAAUAUUGGCUCAGGGUGAUUGAAUUGAUUGUCGUGGUUGGCCUAGUCCUCGGAAUUGUGGGCGGAGUGAAUGCUGCCAGUGCCUAUGUCACGGAUGGGCAUUACCAACCUGGCACCCUCAACAAAGCUGGUACAGGUCUUUCGAUUCUCGCUUACGUUCUGCUCGUUAGUGCAACCGCAUUUACAGCUUUCUCGGUCUCCCACGCAGAACAUGGUGAAAGGAGACUCUUCACAGCCGUCGUGAUCGCUCUUCCGCUCCUCCUAGUGAGAUUGAUCUACUCGAUAUUCAGCACCUUCACCACCAAUAAAUCAUUCAAUCUGCUGAGCGGAAAUCCCACCGUCCUUCUCUGUGUGGCAUUGAUCGAAGAACUCCUCAUAGUUGCGUGUUUUGAGGGUACCGGCUUGACCUUGAAGAAGGUUGUUCAAGAAGAGCACGUCGAAGGAGCUAGAAUGAUCCCCAGCUCAGACAGCAACAGCUAUACCGAAACGCAACAACGACCACAACAGCAACAGAGAGGAGUCGGCUCUAAAAUAAUGGCGGUGUUGUCUUACACGAUCAUUGGUCGGAUUAUAACCUCCAUGAUGGGGGAUAAGGAGAGGGACGUCGAGAUGCAACGCCAAGAGUAUCAAGUCCCGAAGUAG